AUGGGGUUUUGGUCAUUUGGGGCUCGCAAGAAAAGCCGCCUUGUCGACAGUCAGGACCAAGGGCAUAAUACUCUACUGGAGAAAGACCAGACCACACGCUCGGGAAAUCUUAGCCCUAAUCAAUCUCGAGAAUUUCCCUCAAUGGCUCGACAACAAAGCAAAACCGAUCGGGCCGAGCCACGACGGCUGUCUAAACAGCGCAAUUCAAGUCAGCAAGGCAGCGUUCCUCGCUCUGUCACUAUGCCAGUCUCUAGUCCGAGGAACGACUCAAGAGCCACGAGAAGACCUUCAGACUUAUAUUCUCACAAUCCCAUGUCGCAAUCCAGUAUUGGCCCUGAAGAAUUUACUGCACUGCCGCAACCACCACCGACCUUGCUUGCGAAGCCUCGAGGUUUUGAUGCGGGGAAUCAGAGGAAAAAAUCAAGCAAAAGGAAAGCAGAGGAUUAUGCUAGGGAAAGAGAGGUCCGAGCCAUGAGCUCACCCGAUCCUACACCUGGCUUGAAAAGGCCUGCAUCGUAUUCCGGUACUGGUCCUUUGCGUCGAGACACGAAACAAGUCCCCGGCAAACUCAACCGACGAUUGCAGAGACCGGCAUCAGAGGUCUCUCUUCCUAUACCCGAGGCUAUAGAUGAGCCGGGCGACCAUUCAAAUCAAGCUUCGUUCAAAAUCGGCAUCUUCGCUGCCUUGAGUCCGAGACCUACGUUGACAUAUGUCGCGAACGCUCGACCAUCAUUAGGAAAGCAACCAUCCAGAAUCAAUCCAUCAGUACAACAAGCCAUUGAAGAGGAGCCUGCAUCUUCGAAAAAGAGGAUUGAUGAACUUGCAGAUGAACUGGAUGCUGGUGGCUUGAGGGAGCUCAUGGAGAGAGACCAGAGACGGCAUGAAAGGAAAAGGUUGGCUGACAGAGAUCGCCUUCAGCGCAAGCUUCAACGGAAGGCAGACAGACAACGAGAAGAAGAACACCGCGGUCGAUCAAUGCCGCAACCUUCACAACCCCCCGCGAGUAACAAGGCUACGGUACAGACUCGCCAUACUUUGGAUGGCCAUGCGGAGUCUUCUUCCGCCGCUACCCAGCGAAGAACACCAAGUCCACGAGCACAGAGGGUUGAUCCUUUCGCAGAUCCUCAACCUCCAACUCACCGCGCAGUCCACGCCAUCCGUAACCCAUUCGACGAUGAGAAAGAUGUAGAUCUUACUCAAGAUCCUUUCAACGACGACGAUGACGGUCCACCGGUUCCGGUCAGGUCACCAUUGAGGACUGUUUCUCCGGUCGAGGCUCCAGGCAGGCCACAGGCUUCCCAUGCAAUGACAUUCUCACCACCAACAUCGCCGGUACAGCAGCCUGUUGCACGCCCAAGCUUUUCACAGACCUCGGGACUCGGGCGAGAGGUCACACCAGAAAUACUGCACAUUGGAGAGGGAGAAAGGCGGGCGUCUGAUCAAAGCAGUCAAAAGAUGAGCUCGUGGACGAAUUUCUUCAAGCGCGGAACCCAGCGCAAGGGGAGUGGGAUCGAUCGUGGGAGAAGUACUCCCUCAGAGUUUUCCAACACUUCACGAGAAUCCUUCGUCCGGAAGCAACAGCUUCCCCCAGCGGUUGUACCCCGAACCUUUCGCCGGUCUGAUCCUUCCGGAGUACCUCAGAGGACAAUGUCCAAGUUCAGAGAAGACCUUCCAGAACUGCCCAUCUCACCUCCCGAUUCUCGCGUUCAGUCCCCAGAGGCCAUGGUCAUCCCCCAGGGCAGGGGCGAGCAUGUUCUUGGACGUCAACCAAGACAAUCUCUGUCCGGAACGUUUGACGGUCGCAGCGUAGCCACCAGCUCAAGUAAUCCUGCACUGGAUCGUCCUGGUCCGGAAAGUAGGCUUGGCCAUAUUGCAGACGUGGAUCUUAGCAGUGGGGCAUUAUCGGGAAUGGCAUUGUCUCAGUCGCUGGCAUCGGUAGAUUCAGAGGGCUCGUGGCUCUCUGGGAAACCAGUCAAACGGUUGUCUGGAAACAUGAGUCAGCACAUCCGACAAAGUCAAGGAUCCCCUCCACCACAAUCGAUACCAGGAGCUUUCGAAAUGGAAGAAGAUGAUCUUGCGGAUGACGAAUACCUGAAUCGCUUUACCCCUGGACCCAGCGGACGAAGAGACUCGAUGAUUUCGUCAGACCGUAAAGCGAGCAGCACGAUCAUUGAUCUAGAACGAGAGCGGCAGCACAGUCCUGUACCGGAUGUGCCUCCCGUACGAAGGGACCUUCACGGAGAAGAAGCGUGGCAUGAGGGUAUUGCGCGACAAGCGACGGUUGUGCAUCAGCCCAACCGUGCGAAGUCGACGGAGGGCCUUUUGAAGAAUUUCGGAAGCGAGACACCAAGAACUUCUCGAAGAUAUAAUUCAGAUGACGAAGGGGAGGAGGAGCGUGCUCUUCCGGAGGUAGAAACUCCUGGUGCAGAACUUCAGGAGGCGCCAAUUCUACGAGCGCGCAGCGUGGAAUACAAAAAGCAUGGGCGACAUGCCAGCGCAGGAUCGGCACGUUUGUUAGAUAUCCGACGAUCAUCUGUGCAGUCCGAUGCUGCAACACCUCGGAGCCCGACUGUGCCUCAAAUGCCUCUCCCAGGUGGGAAGGAGCAGGAGCGCCCAACGGGGCAAGUGUGA